AUGGACAAGAAGCUAUCUCGUGAGUACUGAUUCUGAAUAUCAAUGGUUCUGCUGAGUUGACUGGACAAACUAUUAUAUCUUUGCAUGCAGAGCCAGCCAAGGUUCUGAUUGCAUGAAUUGACAAACCCAAUUUACAAUUUCUUAGCCAUAACUUCAAGGACUGAAAUGGAAAGUGUCUCCAAUUUGGCUUGCCUUAUUGCCUCAUUAUUACGGUUGUUGAAAUGUAGUCCAGGUGUGUAAUCAUUAGUCCAAACAGAGAGUUUCUAUUGGACAAAUUCAGGUAGGCCCCCCCCCCUGUUCACUUUGCUUCCAUUUUUAAGAAACUUUUUGCAACAGAAUCGACGUAAUGAAUACGCCCCAGGUCUUCAAUGUUCUACAUCUUGUCCUUCAGUGAAGCUGAACGGUGGCAGGCAGGUCCAAGGAGUCCUGCGAGGGUUUGACCCCUUCAUGAACUUGGUGAUGGAUGACUGCUUGGAGAUGGCCCCCGGGGGAAUACAGAACACGAUAGGCAUGGUGGUCAGUAUCUACAGCGUUGUUAACUACGUCUACACUACCUCUGGGGACAGACACAUUUUGCUUUUAUUCAUCAGUGUCACCACAUACCUUUUUAUGCAUGUAAAUCAAUACUUUUUUUUAAUUUUGUUUACUUUCUGUAGGUAAUCCGAGGAAACAGCAUCAUCAUGUUGGAGGCUCUUGAGAGAGUAUGAGGGUGGGGAUGGCAGGCUUCAAGAAAGUGGAAUAAUGGACAUUAUUGUAAACACUUUUGUAAUUUCCUGUUUUUUCCUGUUGAUAGAGUAUGUAUCUGAUACGUUUAGACAGAUGUUUCAUUUGGAAAUGUUUUGAAUUGUGAAAUCUUGUGAAUAAACUGGGUAUUUUGUUUUCUUUAUUUUUGCGCAAUAUUUUCUUUAUUUUACCUCUACACGUUUGAAGCACUUGAUUGAUUACAUGUAAGGUCAAAUUAUACUUAAGUGAUAGCAUACAAUGUAGAUUGAAUAGAUUUAUCCUAACUUUGAGGGCUAUUAUCCCUAAUAUAUUCGCGUAACUGGCUGGCCAAAUUUCGCAAAUGUAUUUUUUUAAACACACAUUGUACGCGCGUGACUACAAUGAAUGGACACUGAUUGAUUUAUCAACAGUCAACACAAGGGGUCGCCGUUUCACUUCACACAGGCUUUCUAGGGUCGAGAAAGGACUUUUAUUUUGACAGGUUGAUCACGUUUGUGUUGAAUACGCACUGGCGGUCUCUGUACCAUUGGUUGCGCAGUGUAUUGAGGGUAUGUGGAAAGUAGGAAUGUCGGAAGAGGUUGGAAAAGCGUUACACGCGGUGGUAGACAGGGUAAAUCAAGCGGCGGCACGUCGCCCCAAGGUAAGCCAAGUUCAGGAUUAUAUUGGGAAGAACCCGUAUCGACUUUUGAUAGUCGUGUCGUGCGAAAUUGUCUUAUCAUUUCAAAGCGGGGGUGGACCAGUUAUAUGUAAGGCAAAACAUCUCAACCUUUGAGAUGGCACACCAUAACAUGCACAUUACAUUUUUGGUAUCUACUAAUUAGCUCAGCGCUGCAUGCAUCCACUAUGUACCGCGCGGAGGGUUCUAGACGAUUUGCUCACGACUUAUUCAUUGCUGCUGGUGCUCUUAUCAUUUUGUCGGUAACGUCAACAAUGUUUCGUAAGUGUUGCAAAACAUGUCCAACUUCCGUUCACUCCUGUUUCGUAAUUUAAGUAACGUUUUGAUUGAUUCAAUUGACACCGUCCCACCACAAUUGAACUUGACUAGGCAGCCGAUAGUGGGCGCUACGUCUGCACCAAAGACAGUAGUAUGUAGAUACGCUAAAAUUGCUUCUCCAGUAGUUUUUGACGAAAAUAAAAACGUUUCACUUUCACGAGGUUCGAGUAAUAACAUGUUCAACUACAUUACUUAAGACAUUUGCUCGAAUCUAGGUUGUGCCUUUUAGAAUUCGAGAAAAUUAACAACUAAGAAAUAAUUGUGAACUUCUCUCAUUGACUUAUCAAACCCCGGCCUGGUCAGUUUGGUCUGUUUCGCAAGCGUUCCCGGAAGUCUCGCGAUGUUUCGCCUCUGGGUUUAGAAACUGUGUUGCACAAUCGCCUAGGGUUGAUGUGCCCAGCCGGUAGGUAAUGCCAGAGAGGAAGAGAGAGGCCCAACUCGGCGGAAAAUCUGUCUCCCUCCAGCAGGUGGCGUUUGUUCGUUAUUUAGCCCGCCAAGCAAGGACUUUUUGUAUAGAGGUCAAUGACCACGUUUACAUGCACACCAAUAUCCCGUUAUUAUUCGGGAUACUCUUAUGUAUUCUGUUUUUGAGUUGAAGCACAUAAACAUUCAAUAACCCGAAAAAUCCUUAUCCCGGUUAUGAGAAACCCGGAUAAGAUACUUGGGAUAUGUUGUUCUUAGAUGGGAUACUGUGGCAUGUAAACAUCUUAUCCCAUUGACUGUUGUUUUUCGCUGGCGGUCUGCGCAGGCUCAGUUUCACAUGUGUGUUGUGAUUUUAUUUUUCUUCAUCUGAUUGUCAAACAAAUCACUUUGUAUGCUAUCUGCGCAGUUCGAUCCACCAUAAUUCCAUAAUAAUGUAUUUUGCUGAUACUCUGUACAGGACCGUAUAGCCUACUGGCUACAUUCACCCCUAAUUUAGACACAUUUCUGUUUAUAAUUUCCGACAUUUGGUAGGCCAUAUUAUAAUUUCCGACAUUGGUAGGCCAUUUUUACAUGCAGCUUGUCUUCUGUCAUAACUUGUUGCCCCAGAAGACUAAAUAAUGUAGUGCUCACCAGAAUAAUUUCUUGCAUUUAUAGAAUUCAUGCAUUAGUAAUCUAGUUAACACCGGUACAAUUGUCUGUUUCGUUUAGGGACCGGGGAGAAAACACAUUAACUCCAAAACAGUGGAAAGAUUAGUCCUGUGGAAAAUGUAAAAAAUGAAACACGUUUCUGAUAAGACUUCAGUUAAUCUUGGGUGCAUAUUUAUGUGGUUGAAAUACUGUCUGCUUCCAUAAGUGUCAAAGAUAACGCGUUACAUUUGCAUUUUCUCAAGAGAUGCUGAAAUAAAUAAAUAAUAUUUCUCCACUCCUGUUCCAAGACAAAAUUAACAUUUGUUGUAUAAUUUUACUGCAAGAAAUGCAUAAUUCUGCAGGAGUUAUUAAGCUACGUGAGAGGUCAUAGGUCUACAGUCAGUGUCCAUAUUUCAGUUACUAUUCCAUUUAGCCCAUAUACUUAAAUGAGGAAUAUUCUGUUUAUUCAUGGAUACAGGGAUACUCGUGAGUGAGAUAUCAAAGGUGCAUGGAAACAUCUUAUCCCGAAUAAGACCUUAAGUGGGAUAUGAGCUACUAUCAGAAUACUGUGCGCAUGUAAACUCAUUCAUUUGAACUCGGAGGUCACGAGUUUCCGACAUGACGUGAAUGCGGCAUUAUUUGUAAAUGUUUAAUUUAAUUGUAUAUUUGAUCAACAAUACAAAACAUACACAUACAAACAACAACAUCACACACCCCCAUCUCUAGCGCCAGCAUCAUUUUCCUCCACAUGGCCUGAAACUGCACCAUUUCUGUUUCUCUCCGUAGCCCACGCACUUUCAAUAUUUAAAUAAUAAAUCAUUAUGUUUUUCCAUUGUGUUAAUGAUGAGUGAUGAGAAGAGAAUCCUCCAACCCAUCAGGUUUCACUAAUAACUUGCGUUCAUUUUAACUCGGCGGUCCCGAGUUUCUGACAUGACGAACGCGACAUAAUAGCCUACUGCAUGGGCAGACGCAGACAACCAUUUCAGAUUUUAAUGACAGGCUCUCAUCUUCUUGGUUGUAAGGAAAUGCCAGCAGGCUAAAAUAAGUGCAUUUGGGCAGCAUAUCUGGGUUGUGUUCAAAACGUUGCCAAUAGAGCUAACACAAUUCUUCAUUUUCUACACAAUCUAUUUCUGUUCGUUCCAUAUUGUGGCCCCAAUAUGCCCUCCUGAAUGAGCGCCAGAUAUCCACUGGGCUGUCCUUAAGUAGUUCAGGUUUAUCAAGACGUGACAAUCUCUUUGGCUAUGAUUGUCAUCCAUAAAGAGAACUGUUAUCAUUCAUUUAUUCACCAUAUAUUUGAUUUCUCUUCUUGUUCCUCUGCUCUCUCACCCAAGACGUUGCCUGCGGUGCCGCCCCGCCUGGUAGCUGUAAGUAAGACGAAACCACCAGACAUGGUGAUCGAGGCGUACCGAAAAGGGCAUCGCAACUUUGGUGAAAACUAUGUAAGUAUUGUACGUGAUGGUAACAUGUUAUACAGUUACACAUAACACCUUUUUAAUGGUAGUUUUACUUUUUAAUUUGACCCCCUCACUUUUAGGUGAAUGAACUUGUGGAUAAAGCAUCAAAUCCUCAGGUUGGUUCUAAAGGUUUGAAGUCACAUUAUUCUUCAUCUCAUGAUGUGUCUAUCCAACACCCGAUUUACAAAUACUUUUUAUGUCCUAAUCUAGAUUUUAGAAUCAUGCCCAGAAAUUGAGUGGCAUUUUAUUGGCCAUUUACAGAAGAAUAAUGUCAACAAACUUUUGGGUAAGGUAACAUUUUUUUUUUUAUUUUUUAGUCAGUUAUGCAGACGCUCUUAUCCAGAGCGACUUACAGGAGCAAUUAGGGUUAAGUGCCUUGCUCAAGGGCACAUCCCGACAGAUUUUUUCCCUAGUCGGCUCAGGGAUUAGAACCAGGCGACCUUUCGGUUACUGGCACAACGCUCUUACCCACUAAGCUACCUGCCGCCCCAUCUUGUGCAACAUGUUAUGCUUUGCUUUUCAUAUUAUUUAUAGUGUAGUGUUCCACUCAGGUGCACCAUAGGCCUCCAUAUUUAAAGAUGUCAACAUCAUAUCUCCCUAAUACCCAGCAAUCUACUCACACACUUCAAAAAAUUAAAAGGCCGACAUGUUUUCGACUUUCGACCUCAGUCUUUUGUCAAGCUUUGAACACCAUUCCAUAGAAACCUUUAGUAGCGCCGGCAUAUCUUAACUCUACUCACACACAUCCCAUAGGUGUACCAAACCUGUUCAUGGUGGAGACGGUGGACUCAGCCAAGUUGGCCGACAAGGUGAACAGCUCCUGGCAGCGGUUAAGAGCAGCUAGCACGCACAAGUUAAAGAUCAUGGUUCAGAUCAACACCAGUGGGGAGGAAAGUAAGUGUUCGCACACACACACACACACACACACACGUUGGCAUUUAUUGGGAUGGCUCAUGUACUGGAGGCAGCUCUGCAGAGAGGUCACUAGCUGGUACAGCCACAGUCAUGAAAUCUGAUUUUAAACCUAACCUUAACCACACUGCUAACCCUAAUGCCUAAUCCUAACCUUUUUUUUUUUUUUUCAUUUGUUCAUUUUUUAGAUCAGCUUUAAUACUGCAGAUAGAUUGUAACUUCCAUCAAUGUAAUUGUCUGCAUCACUUCCAAUCCCCCAUAUAUAUUUCUUACAUAUAAAUAUAUAUACAUACAGUGGGGAGAACAAGUAUUUGAUACACUGCCGAUUUUGCAGGUUUUCCUACUUACAAAGCAUGUAGAUGUCUGUAAUUUUUAUCAUAGGUACACUUCAACUGUGAGAGACGGAAUCUAAAACAAAAAUCCAGAAAAUCACAUUGUAUGAUUUUUAAGUAAUUCAUUUGCAUUUUAUUGCAUGACAUAAGUAUUUGAUCACCUACCAACCAGUAAGAAUUCCGGCUCUCACAGACCUGUUAGUUUUUCUUUAAAAAGCCCUCCUGUUCUCUACUCAUUACCUGUAUUAACUGCACCUGUUUGAACUUGUUACCUGUAUAAAAGACACCUGUCCACACACUCAAUCAAACAGACUCCAACCUCUCCACAAUGGCCAAGACCAGAGAGCUGUGUAAGGACAUCAGGGAUAAAAUUGUAGACCUGCACAAGGCUGGGAUGGGCUACAGGACAAUAGGCAAGCAGCUUGGUGAGAAAGCAACAACUGUUGGAGCAAUUAUUAGAAAAUGGAAGAAGUUCAAGAUGACGGUCAAUCACCCUCGGUCUGGGGCUCCAUGCAAGAUCUCACCUCGUGGGGUAUCAAUGAUCAUGAGGAAGGUGAGGGAUCAGCCCAGAACUACACGGCAGGACCUGGUCAAUGACCUGAAGAGAGCUGGGACCACAGUCUCAAAGAAAACCAUUAGUAACACACUACGCCGUCAUGGAUUAAAAUCCUGCAGCGCGCGCAAGGUCCCCCUGCUCAAGCCAGCGCAUGUCCAGGCUCGUCUGAAGUUUGCCAAUGACCAUCUGGAUGAUCCAGAGGAGGAAUGGGAGAAGGUCAUGUGGUCUGAUGAGACAAAAAUAUAGCUUUUUGGUCUAAACUCCACUCGCCGUGUUUGGAGGAAGAAGAAGGAUGAGUACAACCCCAAGAACACCAUCCCAACCGUGAAGCAUGGAGGUGGAAACAUCAUUCUUUGGGGAUGCUUUUCUGCAAAGGGGACAGGACGACUGCACCGUAUUGAGGGGAGGAUGGAUGGGGCCAUGUAUCGCGAGAUCUUGGCCAACAACCUCCUUCCCUCAGUAAGAGCAUUGAAGAUCGGUCGUGGCUGGGUCUUCCAGCAUGACAACGACCUGAAACACAGAGUCAGGGCAACUAAGGAGUGGCUCCGUAAGAAGCAUCUCAAGGUCCUGGAGUGGCCCAGCCAGUCUCCAGACCUGAACCCAAUAGAAAAUAUUUGGAGGGAGCUGAAAGUCUGUAUUGCCCAGCGACAGCCCCGAAACCUGAAGGAUCUGGUGAAGGUCUGUAUGGAGGAGUGGGCCAAAAUCCCUGCUGCAGUGUGUGCAAACCUGGUCAAGACCUACAGGAAACGUAUGAUCUCUGUAAUUGCAAACAAAGGUUUCUGUACCAAAUAUUAAGUUCUGCUUUUCUGAUGUAUCAAAUACUUAUGUCAUGCAAUAAAAUGCAAAUUAAUUACUUAAAAAUCAUACAAUGUGAUUUACUGGAUUUUUGUUUUAGAUUCCGUCUCUCACAGUUGAAGUGUACCUAUGAUAAAAAUGACAGACCUCUACAUGCUUUGUAAGUAGGAAAACCUGCAAAAUCGGCAGUGUAUCAAAUACUUGUUCUCCCCACUGUACAUGCAUACAUACAUAUACAUAUCCUUUAAAAAUAUAUUUAUUUAUCUUUAUUACUUUCUAACCCUACCACCCCUCCCCUAAUUGGAGUAAACUAGUGAACAACAACGCCUAGGCCUCUACUUCCAGCCCAUACAUACUAUAUACAUUUUAUGGACACAGUCAAUUUUACAAUAGUUAUAUUUUGUUUGUUUUUACUCCUGAACUUCCUCUACCCUCAACCUUUCCGAUCAUGUUCAUGAUGUCCAUCCGGUUUGCUUCUAUAUGUCAUAUCUUUCAAACUGUGCUCUUUCACAAAAGUUCUUAACCUAUAUACGUAUUAUGGACAGAGUAUGUUUUACAUGAGUUAUCUUGUUGUUAUUAGUCCCAACCUUCAGCGCCAUUCAACCCUUCCCAUCUAUCCCUUAACCCUAACCUUAACCACACUGCUAAACCUAAUGCUUAACCUUAACCACACUGCUAACCCUAAUGCCUAACCUUAAAUGAAGACCAACAAGCAAAUGUUUGUUUUCAUGUAUUUUUACGAUAUAGCCAAUUUUGACUUUGCAACUGGCCCAUCUAGAGGAACCAACUCAGUUUUGCCUCCAGGGCAAGACUCAUGACAAUAAACGUCAACCUGCCAGACAGACAACAACACUAACUACCGUUCUAUGUUGCCUCUAGGUAAACAUGGACUGCCUCCUGGCGACACGGUGAACACAGUGAAACACAUUUUAUCCAAAUGCUCUGCCCUACACUUCUCCGGACUCAUGACCAUUGGUCGCUAUGGCUACGACCUAGCUGAUGGCCCUAACCCAGAUUUUCAGGUAUUUGGCUGUUAUGAUUACCCUAACUUUUUAUGUUAAGGCUUUUGGUAAAGAUCUAUAAGUCUGUUGUGCAUCACCAACCAGGCUUUGCUGAGUCGGCGACAGGAAGUGUGUACCAGUCUACAGCUCCCGCUUGAGGAUGUUGAGCUUAGUAUGGGCAUGUCCACUGACUUUGAACACGCGGUAAGUUCCACUGUCUCAGCCUUCUUAAUUGCUAACACAAUACGUUCUUAACAUAUUGAAUGAUCAGAUAUUGAUUAGGCUACCCAUUACUACUCGAAUGCUCAUGCUGUUUGUAUAAGUUAUACCCUUCUGAGGAAUUCUCUUCCAUUUCCUCCUUUUAGAUUGAGGUGGGUUCCACUAAUGUGCGAGUGGGUAGUACUAUUUUUGGUAAUAGGGAUUAUCCCAACACUCCCACGCCCAGUCCAGAGAAAAAGUCAAAGGUUCCGACAGAAGAGGCAGCUAAGAAGAUGGAGCGUCUCACUGUGACACAACAGUGAUGUUUCUCCUUCCUACACUCACACAGGCUGAAAAGGAUUUAGUAUUUUAUGAGAAUUUCUGGAAGAAAAUGUAUUUGGUUGAUCUAGUUUAAUUCAUUUCUACGGAGCCCAUUCAUUUGAGCAUUUCUGGAAGGAAUUCGAUCUUCAAAUUGACAUUAUAAACAGAUUUCUAAACUACUUCUCGCGUCUCGAUCUUGUGCCAACCCUAGAUUCAAUAGAUACCAUUUAACACGAUAACGUAAAUAGAGAUAAUUCAGAGAGUGAAGCAGAGAUGGAGUUUAUAUCAAAUCUAGCAAAUGUUUUGAUAAUUUUAUUUUUACUCCACAUUUACAACCCAAAACGUGACACUAUACUGAACUCUUGACCGUGUUGAAUAUCCCAGUGAUUGGGAAUCUUACAUGUUAAAAUUUCCUAUUUUUCUGGCAAAAUACUUGUGAUUUAAUAAACAUAUCCCCCCUUUAUGAUGUAUGGUAUUGUGAGUCAAUUACAUUUUCUAUGGUGUUGUCAAAUACUUAACAUUUUUAUUUUUUGAUAAACACAAUUCUAGAACUGCAUGUAAAGAGCGACUCAUACAAUAUGUUUACACUACAGUAUUAUUUAAUUGUGAUGUCAGUGAUUCUUUUGGUCUGAAUUGUGUGUUGGUGCACUGAAAGAUUUAACCUAUGCAAAGAGGAAAUAGUUUUGUUUGCACUGUUAUGAGAUUUAUCUUAUAGUUAUCAAUGUAAAACUAAAUCCAUUACUAAGGGAACUGUGAAUGAAAAUAAACAUUGCAAAACAUUCACUUAAACGAAAUACAGGAUUAAAUUGAUACGGCGGGAGGUGAUAAGCAAUAAAAUAAUUGUUGAAAAUAACUUGGUUUUGUAUUUUUCCUAUUCAGGAAAUGUACAAUAAUUGUAUAUAAACAAAACCACAUGAGAAUCAUUUACUUUUUCCAUUGUUAUUGCAUACAUUGAAAUGACAGCCAACCAAAAGUUAAAACCUUGUGAGUGUAUACCUCAUCAUACUACUGUAUUGUCAUCGAAAUAUUGUAUUCACAUCUUACUGAUAUCUAGAUCUUAACCUAGAUCAGUUUUGAAUAACUCUAGGGUAUUUUAUCAUAGACCUUCAUUACAUAACAUUCAAAUGUAAUCUGCACCUGAUUCAAACAUGUUGGUCUUUGAAAAAAAACGGUGCUGCUUGGACCAUCCUCUAAAAAUCAAUAAUACCCUGUUUCCUGGAAUGAUAUUGCUCUUCAACAGAAGUUAAGAACGUGCAUGCCAUUCUGUUUGUGAACUGGUGUUUGGGAGUGAACAGGUUAGUCAUUGAGCUAAAACUAUUAUUAGCUCUGCUAUAAUCAUUUUUAGACUAAAUCACAAUAAUCUACUCCAAAUAGAAGUGUUUACACCAAAAGUAUACAGUAUGCAGAAAGACAAAUGCACAAAAUUAUAGUCCAGAUCUGUGACUGCUUAAUGCAAAGUGAAACAAAAUUGAAAGUUACAUUUGCCACUCCUUUUGUGCAGUCCAACAAAGUUGAUAUAAAACAAAGGUUGGAGAAAAAAUACAAGGAAAUGGACACAGUUAGGUGCUUGCUUAUUGAUCAGAAUAAUUCAUAAUGGACAAUACAUAACACACUGAAUGUUCUCAAUUAAUUUGCUUCCCAGGUUUAA